UUCACAAACAGCACAGGAUGCCUCCUCUCAUCUCACAGCCACUUUCUCCUUUCACUCACUGAGACCAUCACCCCCCAUCAGCCCUCAAGCCACCAGCUGUAAAAAGCGGCAUUGAGAGAAAAGAGCAUCCAUGGCCAUGGGUCUUCUUCGUGAAUACUUGUGGCUGUGGGUGAUCUGUGGGAUGGUUUUUGGGAGUGUGUUGAUCGCCACCAUCUUCUUUCUCAUCAACAAGUGGAUUUCCAAAAGCGGCAAACACCGAGUCUCAAAGCUGCAGAGAGGAUUUCUCUCCAAUGUCGAGAGCAACAACUACCAGGAGAGAGUCCUGAGCAGCGUCACUCCUCCUCUUCCUCCUCGGACACAGUUUCUCACUGCAGAGUGUCAGAGCUAUGAGAACCUGGCGGAGGCCGUGGACGAUGAGGACUACGAGGAACCGCUGAGCGACUACGAACAGGCCACGGACGAGCAGCAGUUGGACUACGUGAAGGUGGACUACGAGGAGGAUCUCCUCCCUCCUCCUCCUGCUGUGCUGUACCAGGUUCCAGAUGAGGAAGAUCUCCUCCCUCCUCCUCCUCCUGUGCUGUACCAGGUUCCAGAUGCAGACGAUGACGAUGCUUCCACCGAGGACUACGACGACAUCGCAGGCGAGGACGACAACGAGGAUGAGGAGGACUACGACGAUCUGGGAUAGAGAGAUGAAGAGAUUAACCCCAGUGACACUUUUGACUCUGGAACACUUUGCCUGUCUACAGAAAUGCUUUUGAUCAUUUGUGUUUUUUGAUAUUAUUUAUGAACAAGGAAGCAGAGUUAGGGGGUAUCAUGAGAACCAGUGUUGUGAGAAAAGCACAGAGAGGUUUGGUUCUAUUUAGAAUAUCCUGUUGUUGAGGGACAAUACUCUGCGGCAGGAAGUCGUGUGGUUUCCGUCUCUAGUUUGACCGAUCUCGUUUGAACAGGCUUCGGUCGCCCACACAUCACAGACUCAAACUCACCGGAUCAUUCACCGAUCAUCCGCUCUCCAGGAGGCCAGCACCAACCACCAGCCUCCCCCGGAUCCUCAGACCUCACACAGGAUUUCUUCUAGUCUCAUUAUCGUGUCUGGUACCAGCCAAACUUUACUGACAUUGCCCGCAGCCACCACAGGUUCCUCAUUCUUACUUUCUUCAUUAAAAGUUGUCUGUGGUUCUGUUUUUAGUGUUCUGAGUAAUGCACAGAAGUAAGUAAAGUACAGGAUGUUAACAAAGUGAUUCAGCUGAAUUUCUGUAAUUAAGUCCUACAGUUAUAUAAUGUAUGAUGUUAGGAUGCUUAUAGGACAAUUAAUAAAUCAAUAAAAAAAAAAAAAUCUUCAGACUCAAGGAGAGGUUAAGAGAGAAUAAUGCGUAAGAAAGUUUUUAUUUUCUCUACUUCUUUUCAAGGCUGAUUUGGCCAACACACAUUUCCUCGAAUCCACAAAUAAGAGCGAGCGACUCGUCCACUGAAACCAGAGUUUACUCACACAACCGCUGUCGGGCAGCAGCUGCAGCAGCAGUCAGCAGAACGUGGUGGAGCUGCUGCCGCUGGUCGUCCAGUCAGAAACCGAAGCUGGCUUCAUGUCCUUAUAGCUGUGAAGUC